ACAUCCACGAGACGAAAGAUCCACCUCGCAGAUCUAGUCUACUCCAUACCGAGACAUUUCCACAUAUACACCAUGUCAAAAGCAGGAGAACCCCUCAAACCCCUGUUGGCGCCGUCGACAUCUCGUCCUAGUGCUUCAUGGUUCGGUCCCGGCAAAAACACCACAGUCCUCCGCGACAACUUCGACAUCACAACAUGGCUCGCCAUGGGCGCCCUCGCCCAAGGCACCGCCUUCCUCCUCCUCGGCCGCCUCUCCCUCCUCCCAGCCUUCACCCUCAUCCUCUUCCGCCUCCUCACCACCUACCUCCAAACCAUCAACAUCCUCACCAACCCCAACAUGUCCAACAUAAUCCCGGGUAAAUUCUCCGCCCAAAUCCCUCAACCGGACGGAACCUUCUCCGCCCAACCCGCCAACUCAUCCAUCGUCGUCUUCCACAUCGGCGCCCGCACAAACCACCCCAUGGGCCUCCUCGCUCCGGGCUACAAAGAUCUCGGCGGCUACUUCCAAUCCAUGGCAACCGAACUCGACGAGCGCGCGGAGGAAUUCGGUUUCCUAGGCAUGACAUCCUGGCUCGACGCCGCGUCCCGCUCCUCUUCCAAUGGCAACCUGUCCGUCGGCUACUUCCGCACGCUCGAAGGCCUGCAAGCAUUCGCCCACAGCGAACUCCACCGCAAAGCGUGGGACUGGUGGAAUCGCACGGUCAAGCAACACAGCCAUCUCAGUAUCUACCACGAGACAUUUGAAGUGCCCAAGGGCGCGUGGGAGACGAUUUACGCAAACUCGCAUCGGGAAGGGUUGGCGAGUGCGACGUUUAAAGUGGAGGGCAGCGAGGAGAAGUGGGUGAGUGGAGUGGUGGAUGCGAAUAAGGGCGUGUUGAGGAGUGCGGCGGGGAGGAUCACGAGGGGGAGUGGAGGGGAGAAUGAGAAGUAUGGGGAGGUGGAGUAUGUUUGA